UACUAUGUCGGUCUGGCUGCGUGGUCCUUCCUCGUUACCAUGGAAACCCCGUGACAAUUGUUGUGAUCUGUGAUGCUGCAACCAGCCUUGAGCUAAACGGACCAAAUUCAGCCACAUCAGUUGGACAAUAGGUUGUUACGUUAUUAUUGAGCCUCCAUAAAGUCGCUAGACAUGUCCCCACAUAAAGAUGUUAAAUUUCCACCUUUAACACCGUCACAAAAACAAAGACUUACAUAUGACCAUAGACUACAAAAUGACACCGUCCAGACAUCAGUGGGAGGACGAGAAGGAGAAAGUGCUGGGUCUGUUUCUGUCCAACAUGCAGAGACAAAGUUCUGCUGGACAGGUAGCAGUUACAUUUAUGCAAGCCCAGGGCGAAAGCCUCAACUCCUGAUGCAGCUGGAGAGCUACAUGAACAAGGAGCUACAAACUAUCAGCUCCCGUGAGCCAAAAUAUCAGGAACUGAAACUACAGGUCUACCGUGAUGUCUUUGGUUGUUUCAUCAAAGAGUUCAAAACCUACCAACCGCUUCUUUCUGCCAUCAAAAAGGAAUAUGAAAACACUUUAGCAUAUCAGCAGGAUCAGAUCCGAGAACUGGAACCACUGCGUUCCCGUCUGAGGCUGGUGACAGAGGAAUGUGACAGGAAGAUUCAAGCUCGUUGGGCAGAGGAGCAGGCUGAGAUUGGAGCCUUGAAAAGGGAGAAGCAGCAACUGCAGAAGGACAUUGAGGCCAUGAGGGAGAAAGAAAAGGCCACCCAGGCAGUGGUGGACCAUCUGCAGUCUGAACUCUCCAACCAGUAUCUGCAGUACCGGGACGAGCGUGAUGCCCGCCAGUUGCUGAUCUGGCAGCUCAAUGAUCUAACGAGAGGCUCUGUGAAGGAGGAGCAUCCCGCAGAUGAAAACACAGAAGGGGCUAAGGACCUUGUGGAGCUGCAGCUCACUCUGAAGGUGUGUCGGAAAGACCUGACUAAAGCCCAGGAGGAGCUGAACAGGAUGAAGGCGGAGUACUGGGAUGUUGUGCCAAGACGCAACUGGGACACCCUGGAACAAACAAACAAACAGAACCUCCUACAGUUGAAGACGCUGCAGGGUGACUUCGACCAGUUGAAGAGUGAAUAUGACACCCUGCUGGAGCUCCACAAAACAGGCAGCAUGCAGACUGAGACGCAUGAACCCGUCACUGUGCAGAUGGAUGAGAGUUUGUCCCAAGGGCAAAGCCAGAUUCAGUCCGACCGCCCCAAAGACCCGAUCAACUCCGAUGCCCCUAAGAGCGGGACGCUCACCGUCCAGGAGUUUAGGACGGCCCUGAGAUCAGCCUUCCCUCUGAAGUCAGAUCAGGAAAUAGAUGAACUUGUGGCUUCGGCUCAAAGCAAACCAGACAACAGCAAUGACGCCAUCUCCUCUCAGAGACUCCACAGCCUGCUGGCAGAAUCCGGUGCGGGAGCCUUAUCCCAAGCUCUUGAAGAAUCAGAGGAAAAUGCUGCAUCAAAUCCCUUUCCAGCAAGCGACUGAUAUCAUUUUGUCGUAUUAAUUUUAGAGAUUGUUUGUGAAGGAGGUAGAACAACUUGCCGACUUAAGAACAAGUCAGAAAACCAUGGUGUAUGGAACCUUAAUUCUGGAAUCGAAGAUAAUGGAUUGUCCCCACAACACUUUUUUAACAGUUCCUGAUUCUUAGAUAAGUGCAAUUGAAUGUACAGUAAACUGCAUUAUCACUGUUUGCUAUUGCUGAUUUAAAAUAACAGAGUGCCAUUCACCUCCAUUGUAAUGGGAGCUAUAACAGAAGUCUCCCAAUCUGGAUUUGGUUGAGGAAACUUUUUGUGAUUUAAAUGACCCUGACCCUGUGAUGCUAUUAUAAACACAGGUGCCUUGUAGAGUGGGUUAAUAUCCUGCCGAAUGCAACUUAUCAAGAUAUAAAUGAAUCACUCUACAUUAAUAAUGGUCAGUGGGAU